AUAGAACAGGGAAGUGAUUUCAAAUCCUGGCCACAGUGUGUCACCACCACCUAAAGAAAGAGGUCGAAGGGAAAGACAGUGUCGUUGCUUGUGUGACAAGUGAAGUUGAUAUCCCCAUAUCUACAGGUUGUUUUGCUCGCUGUGUGCUGUCAACAUUUGUACUUCUGUCAAACGAAGAGGCAAAUAAUGGCUGUCUGGAGCCUGUGGAUACUGUGUGGUGUGGCACUAGUCGCUGUAAAGGAUUGCUCAGGUUUAGUUAUCGGUGGCUGUGAACAGGGUAGUGUGGAUGUUGUUGAAGACUCAGAUCGCUUCUUUACAUGUGAUGGAAACCAGAACAGAGAGCUACAAUGGGCAGUUUAUAAUGACAAAAGUAUUUUUAUUGCUCUAUGCCUCCAAUGGUCGUGCCUUCCUUGGAGCAACAUAUUUACAUUUUCUGUAGAGCAUAACUAUGGCGAUGAGUACUACAGAUAUAAUCUUACAAUGAAGACAAUCACGAGAAACUCAGCUCGCACCUUGUCUUGCCGCGAUUCCUCGAAGUAUGCACAGUGUGACUUAAGAAUCAUCGUGAAACCAGUGUAUAGUGACUGCAAUGUAACAACUUUAAACUGGAUGGUGAUCGGCAGCUGUACAGUCAGAGGAAUGUAUUCUUCAGACAACAUAUACACGUGCAAAUGGAGGGAGAAUGAAAAUAACGACGAACUCAGUGGUUUUAAAAACAGUCUAACGACUUAUACUGAGGGUUCAAGGACUUAUACUGAAGGGGUUUGUUCUUUUGCGAAACCAAUUCCCCAAACUAAAGGCAUUUACACGUACAGUAUAAGCGUGUCGCCAGGUGCCGAUGAUCACGUUGUUACAAGUAUGCUUAUAGAUGCGCUACAUUGGAUACAACUCAGCCACAACUGUCCUGAGUAUGUUUUCGAGGGUUUAAAUGUGAGUUGUACAUGUUCUGCUUCAAGAGCUAUAAGUCCACCAGCAUUUCUAGUGUGGGGAGGAAUGAGUAAUGCAACCCUUUUGCUAAAAAAUGUAAGCCGGCGAUUAAACCAACAAGAGUUUAAAUGUCGACUAAAAUGGAGUACAACCGGCUCAACUAUAGAAACCACUUCUUACCAACUAACCGUUGCUUAUGGCCCCGCAGAUGUCCUAAUUACCAACAAUAAAAACAAGACAGAAGAUGAGAUGAUAAGUUUAACCUGCACAGCGACUGAUGUUUAUCCUUCCGCUGUUUUUCAAUGGAAUGUCACGUGUUCUAAUCGGACUGACUCUGGGAACUCCAGUACAUGCUCCUUCACGUUCAACCCGAAGUUUGAAAGUCUUGCGAUAUUAUGUACAGCUAGCAACGCAUAUUAUCAUCAAGUGAAUUCUUCAUAUGUCUAUGUCCUCCCUACUUCAGGAAGCCCACAAGCAAACACAAGUGGACCCAAUGCCGGAUUAAUUGGUGGCGUUAUUGCAGCUGUACUUGUUGUACUCAUCAUUGUUGCUGUUUUGAUUGUGUACAUCAUCAAACGCAGAAAAGACCCAUUGUAUGACACUGCUCGGAGGCCUGAAAACAACGAACACAGCUACGUGGACCUCGCUCUUAGUGGACGCAAAUCAUCACCAGGAGCUGACGAUGACAAGGCUAAAAGAGAAAACAAUAGUGGGCAUCGCUACGAAGAAGUAACCAUUGCAGGUCAAAAUGUCUCUGAACAACCAGAUGUCUUUUUCGUUUUACCGACUCGUACGACUGUUGCAAGUUUGUAAAUACUCCACACCGACUCACGGGCAAAGCAAACAAACAACAUUCAUUUAUUAUUCGACGCAGUGGCUUAUUAUUUAUGACUAUGCCAACAUUAUUUUAAAUAAAAUAGACUAUUUUCUGAAUGUCUAAGCUUAGAGGAACAGUAUCUUUAGUUGUGGAUGUCAAAUAAACUUGUCACUCAAACUUUUAUAUCAGUAUUAUGGCUGUUUCCAUUCAGUCUUUAUAGUGAGAAUCGUAUUUUGCUACUCUCAAUUCUUAAUUAUAUUUUUCCAUCUCUGUGUUUUAUUGAUUUUUAUAUAAGCAUAAUAGUAAAAGGGCAAGUCACAUUAAAUUGAAGUUACUAUGUAAUGUUGAUAAUAUUGUACGUUUAUUUCUGUAACCACGUUUUUGUGUUCAUGUAUAUAAAUAUACAUUUAAUGAUCUCAGACGCUUUUUCUACUCUAUUACUUUAUCUACAUAUAUGUAUGUUUAUAUAUGCUGCUCUUUCGAUGAAAAUGCUGUUAGCUUUGCUUAUAAACCUGACAUAUUUUUAGUUGUGAGAGAAAACCUUAUAAUGAACUUUGGGCUUAAGGCUCUACAUAUCAUGGCACUAUAGUUGUAUGCCAUUUUUUUUGCAUAAUAUUUUUCAGUGAUUUGAACAGAUUCCAUCAAUUGUUUUCAAAAGGUUUGUAAAGUGAUUGUUAAAAAAAGGAAUGGGGCUUCGAUCCGGAAAUAUAUCUGACGCUAUACGCAAUGUCUUAACACCUAAGCAUUGAACUUUUGUGUGUGUGUGUGUGUGCGGGCGUGUGUGUGUGUUUGAACGUGUGCUCGAGGCUAUAUUCAGAUAUCUAAUACGAUGACUUAAAAAACUUAGUUCUGUCACAAGCCAAUAAACUGCGUCGUUUACAAACACCUUUCAAAGUUUAACUCCUCUCCAAACUCUCGUCCCACCCUGACAGGGUGGAUACCCGUUAAUUCAGCUACAAGCUCCGUUAUUUAGUUGACGACUGUCAUUUCUUAUCUCCACUCACAUUCCUAAAGUGUCACGUUGGUUCUUUUAAGCAUAAAGCUGCCUGGAGUUGAUGCAUUUAUGUUAAAUUAACUAGCCUAGUGUUAAAUCAUCAUAAAAUUGCUUAAAUACAAAUUGUAUAUAAUAAAAUGAGCAGCAGUUGGAUAACUAAAAUUAUUAUUUCAUGAUGUAACGUUAACAUGAUUAAGCGAUUUCAAGUGAUGUAAUUAAUAAAUAGGCUUAAAGCUCGCAGUUUGUUUUCAUUUAUGCUAUACUGUAAUAUAAAAAUAUGUACCUAUCGACAUUUUUAGUUUCUGUAGUAAAUGCAAGUCACUAAACAUGAAGUGGGUUUAGUUCACAAUUAUUAGGAUAUACGCAUCUAGUUGUAGCUGCUUUCUCAAUGCUUGUUUUGCAAACGCUCAAAUAAAAUGUUCUGACGACUCACGAUUGUGUGAUUGUUGUU